GUUGACCAUUGACUUAAAAAGCAAGGUUUUACAUAAAUCAAGGAACAGAUGUUCAAACCAUCUAAAAGCUCAAGGCCUUUCAAUUUUCAAUCAUACUUAAAAAAUCGUUCUGGUUUUAGGUCUUGUGAUCGGUGCAGAGAUGAACCAGCAGCCUCCAUCACCAACCCAGCCGCAGCAGCAGACCUCACCACCAUCGCAACAGCAGCAGCAACAGGCGCAGACGCCGCCACCACCCCAUUCACAGCAGCCCCCACUACAACCACAUCAUUUGCAGCAGCAGCCACAACAACCCAACCUACCUUGCUUUGAUCUAGUUAGGGGAAGUAGAGAAGAAUACCUCAAAAUUGGUGUCCCUUUGUACGAAGCAUCGAUUAAAUGUAACUGGAAAGCUGCUGAAGCUAUUCUUGAUAAGAGACGAGAGUUGGUGGGGUAUAGUAUCACUGAAAAUGGGGAAACACCGCUUCAUGUAGCGGCAUCCGCAAAAGGUGAUCCGAAACGUGUAGAAGAGUUUGUCAAAAACUUGGUGGGUAUGAUGACUCAAAAGCAAUUGGAACUACAAAAUAAGAAUUACAACACCGCCCUGUAUUUAGCAGCUGCAGCUGGAAACGUUGAAACCGUUAAGAUUAUGGUAAAGGAGAACAGGAAGUUGCUGACAAUCAUUGGUUCUAAUAAAACAAUGAUGCCAUUGUAUGCGGCCGCUUUGUUUGGAAAUAAAGAUGUUGUUGCAUAUAUUUAUGAAGAAUCCAAGAGUUUGUCUGACGAUGAGAAUUGGAGUCGUGAGAGGCGUGGCUGGCUUCUUGAAAAAUGUGUUGAGAAUAACAUGUUCGACGUGGCACUGAAGAUCGCAAAAAAGCACCCGCUUCAUGACAAUGGUAGAUCAAUACUCAGAAUUUUGGCUCGGAAGCCUGAAAGAUUUCAGGAAACAAAAUCCAACUUCAUGGGUGCGGCCAUCAAGUCAGUUUUUGGAUUCUUUGGUAUAAAGAUGAGAGCUCCUGAAAAGGAGAGUGCAUUGCCAUUGCUAAGAUUCCUUUGGGAUGAUAUUGUGAAAAAAUCUACGUCGGAAAUUGAUGCAAUACUUAGAGGGCCACCAGAUACGAAUGACCAAGACAGUAAGACAUCUUCUAAAUGGGCCGUUCAAACUAUGCAACUUCAGAAAGUCAUUAUUGAAUAUGUAGAAAAAAUGAAUACUGAGACCAGGAACAUAAUUAAUAAGGGGCUGACAGAUUCGACUAACCAAGAUACCAGUUCGGCUACUAUAAAGAAAGAACAAGCUCUAGCACUACAAAAACUUAUUUCCGAAAGUCUUGUGAACAUGCAUCAUGAAACCCAAAAAAUAAUCAAAGAUCCCUCGAGUUCGAUCAAGAAAGACAACAAGCCAAUAUCUAAUAAGGAACACUUGGCUCAAGAACUACAAAAGCUCAUCUUCAAACAUAUCGCAGACAUGCAUGACAAUACCCUGAAGAUAAUCAAUACCGUUCAAAUUGAAAACCGAGCACGGCUACUGCAACAAGGCAUUUUUGAAUGUAUUGAGAAAUUGCGUAAAGAAAGUGAAGUAAGAAUUACAAAGUAUGGAAAGGACGCAUACUCUUCUCGGGUACUGUUUAUUGCUGCAGAAAUGGGUAAUACUAAUUUUUUGAUUGAGCUUAUCCGUGGAUAUCCUGAUCUCAUAUGGAAGGUAAAUGAUAACAAUCAAAGUAUAUUUCACAUUGCUGUCAAACACCGUCACGAGGGUAUCUACAACCUACUCUAUGAAAUAGGCGCAAUGAAAGAUUUGAUAACCCCUCUCAAAGAUCUAAAGGAUAAUAAUAUGUUGCACUUAGUUGGAAAGAUUGCCAAGCAAAAUCGACUUAAAGAUAUAUCAGGAGUGGCGUUACAAAUGCGACUAGAAUUGUUAUGGUUCCAUGAAGUAAAGAAAAUGAUCCCACUUUCAUACAGAGAACGGGAGAAUGAAGAUGGUCUAACACCACAUGAGUUAUUCACCAGGGAACACAAAGAUCUAGUCACACUAGGUGAGAAGUGGAUGAAAGGAACGGCUAGUCAAUGUAUGGUUGUUGCAGCGCUUAUUGCAACCAUAGUAUUCGCAGCAACUUUUACGGUUCCCGGUGGAUAUGCUCAAAACAAUGGCAUCCCUUUCUUCCAUUCAAAAGCAACCUUUGUGGUUUUCGUUGUGGCAGAUGCCAUAUCUCUAAUCUCAUCCUCAGCUUCAAUUCUCAUGUUCUUGUCUAUUCUCACGUCACGUUAUGCUGUAUAUGAUUUUCUGGAAUCGUUGCCUAGAAAGCUCCUAUUCGGUUUGGCAACUCUUUUCCUAUCUAUAACAACCAUGAUGGUCGCUUUUGGUGUCAGUUUUUUCGUACUUUAUGAUUCCAAUCCUUAUCUGCGUGCUUGUUGUGUUCCCGGCCCUCCUAUAUGUACGGUUGCAAUAUAAGUUGUUUAUCGAUGUAAUUCGCUCGACAUAUCGUUCUAGGUACCUGUUUAAGCCCAAGAAAUCUGUUCUUUACUAUGAAAACCCCAAGGUCUAACCAUAUUCGUUUCAAAAGCAUAAGUGUUUGUAAAACUGGUAGUUUUCACUUCUCAUUAUUUUUCUUGCAAUGGAAUAUUGGGAAGUACGAAGUCUGAAUUCAGUACCCCGUUUUCUGGGAUUCUAAAAACAUUGAAACAAAAAAACCAUCAUAUUACAAAGAAUUAGAUUUGGAUGGUUUUACGCAAUUUUUGUAUGUCUGAAGAUCGAUGUGAUUUUAUAAAGUGGUUGUCAUUUUUGCUUAUGAUUAUAUAUUUUUCCAAAUAUGAAUAACUUUCGCUA